UGGCCAAUCGUUUGGCCGAAUCGGGCAAAGAGUGGUCUCAGAUAUUCGGUGAGAACAAUAGCGGCACAUAUAAUGACCAGUUUAUGAUCGUUGACUACAAACGGUUCCGAUGGGGGACGAGAUCGGAGCUCUCGAGCCCAGACUUGCUGUGGGUUUUGGAGCAAAUGCCGACUCUUGUCGUCUCGCAAGACGUAACAGGUGUACUGAGAAGUCAAGGAUAUUGGGCCUCAUAUAACGUUCCCUUUUUUGAGCAAAUAUUUAAUAUAAGCGGAUAUAACAAACUCGUUGAGCAUUAUGGUGAUUACUAUUCAUACAACAAUACCGCCAGAGCUCUCAUCUUCAGAAGAGAU